UUUACAUUACAUCUUCAAUAAUUGAGUUCAUCAUGGCGGAAGGUGACGACUGGGAAACUCUAGAAACGUUGCUUAAUAAAGCAACUAACCCUGCAAACCGAGAUGAUGAUUGGGAGUAUAUCAUGAACUUCUGUGACAAGGUCAAUUCUGAAUUAGAAGGGGCUUUGCAUUCGUGUAGGUUGCUUGGUCAUAAGAUCCAAUCGCCUCAGGAGAGAGAAGCACUCCAGGCUCUGACAGUCAUCGAAGCAUGCGUCAAGAACUGUGGGGAACCUUUCCACAGAGAACUGGGCAAGUUCAGAUUCCUCAACGAGAUGAUUAAACUCAUCUCACCAAAGUAUCUUGGUAAUAAGACAACUGAGAAGGUGAAAAAGAAAACAAUAGAACUGAUGUACUCCUGGCAGAAGGGUCUCCCCUAUGAAGGCAAGAUCGUGGAGGCUUAUGAUAUGCUCAAAAAACAAGGUCUUGUUAAAGAAGAUCCAACCUAUCUUGAUAAAGAUUUACUACCUGCUGCUCCCCCUCCUAAACCAGUAAUGGCUGAAUUUGAAGACGAAGAAAAAUCAAAGUUAUUAGCACGGCUUUUAAAGAGCAAGCAUCCCGAAGAUCUCCAGGCAGCCAACCGUCUCAUCAAGAACAUGGUGAAAGAAGACGAGAAACGACUUGAAAAGGUUUCCAGGAGGACGAAUGAACUAGAGAGCUGUAACAAUAAUGUCAAACUACUCAACGAGAUGUUAGCCCAUUAUAAAGAAGGUUAUACAAGCCCAGAGGAAAGGGAACUGAUGAAGGAAUUGUAUCUGACAUGUGAGCGAAUGAGACCAAGUUUAUUUAGACUGGCUAGUGAUGCUGAUGAAAAAGAUGAUUGCAUUGCUGAUAUUUUGGAGACCAAUGAUGCCGUUGUCAAGGUGAUGGAGAUGUACAAAGAGAAGUUUGGGACUGAAGAUCUAAGUUCAUCAAGAGCCGGCGGAGCAUCGUCAAAUACAUCAAAUUCACUAGAUGGUAGUAAAUUAAUAGACUUUGCUGGUUCAAGUCCUGUCAAGCAGCAAGGUGCUACAUCGGCUCCUUCUGACGCUACCCAGUCAGGUGACAAAAAUGAUUCGGCACAACUCUUAGAAUCACAACUAUCUUCAUUAGGUUUAUCAUCAGAGCAGCCAGCUAAUAAAGUGGUUCAACCGACUAGUGCUUCAGAUCUUGAUAAGCUCCUAGGUCCUGAUCCCGCCCCAUCGUCAGUACCUUCUACCACACAGCCAUUCCCUGCAUUCAAUACUACACAAACUCAACAAAUGACUGCACGGAUGCCAAUGUACCCUACACCACAGCAGCAACAGCAGCAGCUAAUGAUGCAACAGCAGCAACAACAGAUGGCUCAAAUGAGGGCAUCCUCUAUAGGCAUGAUGGGGAUGCAACCUGGCUAUCCCAUGAUGCAACAGGUGCCUCCGCAUCAGCAGCAGGUUUCCAUGGCAACUAGUCAGGUGACGCCUGUAUUUCCUACACAACCUCCCGCAACAGGAAGCAUCUCACAAACACCUGCUUCUGCAACAUCCACAACGUCAUCAUCUUCCAAUGCCCCGGCCAUUUCAUCUGAUGCCUUCGCUGAUUUAGAAUCCUUGGGAAGGGGGCUCAUCAAACCAAAGACUAAAGAAGAAACUCCUGCACCAUCGGAUGACCAGCUGCUAUUCUUAGAUGGCUCACCCCAAAUAAAGGCCCCAGCAAAGAACCCUGAGGUACCCAUCAUUACACCUACCAUUGCCCCUCCACCCCAGGCGUCGGCGCCGACACCCACGCCGCAACCAGCACCGCAACCAACAACUCAACCUACAACUCAGACUGUUCUCUCAUUAGCGGAUGUCUUUGUUCCACUAGAGUCGGUGCAACCAGGUUCUACACCACCGGUGACCGCCUAUGAAAAGAACAACAUCAAGACGGUAUUCCACUUCACCAAGGAUUCUCCUAGGCCCGAUGUCCUGGUGGUUGUUGUCUCUACUAUGAGUACUAAUACAUCACCCAUCAAAAACCUUACAUUCCUGGCUGCCGUACCAAAAACAAUGAGAGUUAAACUUCAGCCCCCCUCAGCUACCGAUCUACCAGCUUAUAACCCCAUUCUUCCACCGUCAGCUAUCACUCAAAUCAUGUUGCUUGCGAAUCCAAACAAGGAGAAGAUACGUCUCCGCUUCAAGAUGCAAUAUACCCUCAACGAUCAACCUUUCACUGAGCUAGGGGAAGUAGAUAAACUUCCAUCUCACUGACAGUAAAUCAAACGCUGCUAUUAUUUAUAUCAAAAAUAUGAAAUAUCAAUUGCAUUAUAUAUCUAUACAUAUUGUACUAUCAUGAGAUGGAUAUCAGUGAACAACAUGUCAUGUUUUUAUCAACAAAUACAGUAACCCUUCAUCAGUUCAGCAUUCGUUCAUAUCUUCUAUUUGGCAGACGUUGAAGAAUAUUUCCUGUCUUGGUGCUCUAUGUUUGUGACAGCACUUGAGAACCGAUGUGACAGUUUGUGUCAUGUAAUGUUCAUACCAUUAUUAAUAUCAGAAGGGGUGUGACUUGUCUUUGGGUGAGGGUGUCACUGGGCCGUGCUGGGGUUGAUUGCAUUACUACCAGCUGACUUCAACUUACAGGCCCCCGCACACCUUACGACCCAACUGGUUUACGACUGGUCCGCGAAUGAGUGAAGGGAAAUGUGUCGUCUCAGCUCUUGUCAACUUGAGAGUUGCAGACCGAUCAUAGACAAAUCGCAAGGACAGUCGUAAGGAUUUGACAUGUAGAAUCCUUACAACUGGAUCGCAAGCGCAAUCCAUCUUCCAGCCAAUCAGACUGCAGAAUACUGAUGCGCACAUGAUAUGCAACGCGCAAACGCACAAGUAAGCGUCAUUUUCUCAAUUGCUAUGGCAAAAAGCGCAUUUGUGAGUCGCAGACAGCAGAGAAGUCGGAUCGCAAGGUGUGUGGUUUCGAGGCUUAUGACUGCCUUGCGAUUCAUCUCCCCUCACUCAGUCGCAGACCAAUCGAAAGCCAGUCCUGUUGUAAGGUGUGCGGUGGCCUUAAUACUAAACUAAUGUAGUUGAAGCAAGCAAUUUUUUAAUGUAAAAGUUUUUACAAUCAAAGUUAAUUGCUACAAUAUCGUGGGAGAUCUAGCUCAGAUACACAUACAUUUUCAUCAACCUAACUCUAUGAAAUCACGAAUCUAAGCUGACAGUCAUCACGCUAAAGAUCUCCAAUACAAAUAAGCACAUGUGGGUCAUUGCUUUAGUAUCAUUGUUUGCAGGAAGACCCGACAUCUGGCAGGAAUGUGAUGUUGUUUUGCUCAUUUCUUGGCAAUCCCAUAUUUUUUGCCUGAAAAGCUAAAUGAGACCACGCUCACUGCUUUUCGAUGGCAACACCCUGCCUGGAAUGUGAUGCAUUUUUGCUCAUUCUCGACAAUUACAUAUUUCCUACCAGAAUUACUUGGCACAAUGCUAUAUGUUUAUUACUACAUACAGACACUUGAAUGGCCAUUUUGUUGCAUUCUGUUUUAACUCAUUCUGAGAUCAUUACAUCGCCUGGCAUUUCUUUUUGUACAGCAGGAAUCGUAUACAAUUAUCUAUUUUAAACACACACAAUAAAUGAAAUGAAAUUUGCGUUUGAUAUUUAAUUUUCACCUCUAUCGUAAAAUUGAUUUAAAACCCGCCCUAUUGUUUUACUGUGUAUUUAGAAACCCAUUAUAUCCAAUCAUUUCUUAUGAGAAAAGCAAAAUAUUAAAAGAAAUAUGAAUGUCAAACUAUCACUUGAGUAGGGUGAUGCCUGUUCUAGACAAAAGAAGAAAUUCCUGCUUUUUUUAACAUUUACAGCUAUGAAAACAAUCCUUUUUUGGGGGUACAAAAAGGCACAUUUUCGAAGAAUUUCAUACAUCUGUUUCAGUCUGAAUGGGUAUUCAAUUGAAAGUAUUACUUUCAUCAAGAUUUAUUGAUCAUCAUAUGUUCAGGAACAUUCAUCACUGUACACCAAAAAGUAUGAAAAAUGGCCGGAUGUAUAUUUUGGAGAGCUGGGGUUUGUGCGUUUGUGUCGUGUCUUUCAUUGUGACUGUGAUUAUGUGUAGUGUAUGGAGCAUCAAGACAAUCAACCUGCAAUGUAGCAUAUUUCAGAAUAACAGAUUUCAAAGAUAUGAGGUAUUAGUGGCCCAGAAAUUAGUAUGAAUGUACCUCGAUGCUAGCAUUAAGUUGUACUUUCAUUAAAAAAAAGAUGCUGAUUUCAGUAACGUAAAGAAAAUAUGAAAGAACUGUUGUCCUCUGAUGUUUUUUCCUCCUCUGAAAUGCUCAGUUUAUCUAAAACAUGGUGGGUUUUUCAUAAAGCUGUUCGUAAGGUAAGAGGGACUUUAACAACGACUGGUGAGCCAUUCUUACGCUCUGAAAAAUCACCAAUGAACAUUUAAUGGUCAAUAUCAUUUACCACAAGAAAGGAUCGUAAAAUGAUCCUUAUUAGGUAUUAGAGAAUUAGAAUUUCAAUUCAAAUAUUUUUUCACUUAACGACAGCAAAUAAGAAAUAAGUUUAAUGUUUACAUCAAACAUUUGAUAUAAAUAUAUGAAGUAAAUUGAUAUAUGAAUGUGGAUUAGCUGAGAAGACCAAAUACGUACUUAUUAUUUGCUGACCCUGAACAAUAACAGAAGACUAACAAAAUAAUUAUACGGGUCUAAAUACACUCACAUACGCACUUGCACACACACACUUACUCCUAAUAAUGCUAAUAGAACUAUGAAUAUUUUGAAAGUUUAUGAUAUUUAUUCUGUUUUAAUACAUGAAGAGAGGGACUAGAACUGAUUUAUGAGGUUAUGCAGUUCCAUAUUUUUGAGCCAUUUAAAUUUUAAAAGUUUUUCUUGUAUAACUAAAUACUUCAUGAAGAAAAGAAAAGACAUUUUCAUUUCUUAUUUGAGCUUGCCACUGACUGAUUCUUUUUUAUAUGAAUAUUUUAACAUCAAGGAAAAUUUUCUUGAUGUUUUUUUGUUACCAUUAAAAUAUCCUUGGAAUAAACAUUACCUUGUGCGACUGUGAUAUUCAAUAUUUUGAAUUCUUUCAAGCAAGAUCCAAUUGUAUAAUGUUUUUGAUGAUUUCAUGCACAUAUGAAAGAAAUUGUUGAUUUUCCUCAUGCACAGUUCUUCACAAAUGCCAUUUGUAGUGAACAUUUCAUAAUGAAAUUAAGGACAGGACUUUGGUUGAUCACUUAAUACAUUUAGCAAUGUUUCUAGUGCUUGCAACGAAAAAAAAAUUAUCAUGGUAUUUAUACAACAUAUGUUGCAAUUACCUAUUCAUUACUAUACAAUAUCAAUUUUGAAUUUGCUGAACAUUAUUUAUUGAUGGUUCCUCAUCUUGUAAGUAAUGUACAAGGAAUGAAAAGGAUUCCAAUGUUUUAUCAUUGUUGCCAGUAUUUCUCUGUGAUCAUUCAAGGAAAAUGCCAAAAAGUGUUGGUUUUCGUUUUUUUUUUUUACACCAUAGUACUAUUCCAAUGGCUUAAAAGCCCUAUUGUGAAAUAUUUCUUU